AAGAGCAGCCUGGGCAACAUAGUGAGACCCCAUCUCUAGAAAAUAAAAGUUAUACGCAUGGAAACAAGUAAAUAAUAAAUCUUGAGCCCUGCCUCAGAGUGUACACACAAAUUAACUCAAAAUAGACCAGAGACCUACAUGUGAGAAAAAACUAUACGACCUCUAGGAAAAAAUAGAAGUAAAUAUAUUUGACAUUGGAUUAGGCAAAGGUAUGACAUUAAAAGCACAAAAUAAAAACAAAAGUAGUAGUUUGGACUUAAUGAAAAGCCACAGACUAAAAUAAAAUACUUGCAAAAUAUAUAUCUGAUAAAGGAUUUUAUCCAGAAUAUUUAAAGAACUCUUACAACUCCAUAUUAAGAAAACAAGCUACCCAGUUAAGAAAGGGGCAAAAGAUUUGAAAAGACAUUUCAUCAAAAAAGAUACAUAAAUGCAAAGUGAGCAUAUGAAAGAUACUCAGCAUCAUUAGUGGUUAGCAAAAUGCAAAUACAAACAGCAGUGAGGUACCAGUUCACACGCACAAAGAGCAGCAGCACCAAGUGUGGGUGAUGCCGUGGGGAGGGUGGAAACUUCACACAUGACUGCUGGGAAUAUAAAAUGGGGCAGCCGCUGAGGGAAAGAGUUUGCGGUUCCUCAAAAUGUUAAACAUACACUUCCCAUAAAACCUAGUAAUUCUACUCCAAAAGAAAUGGAAACAUACCCUCAUGGCCACCUGUCUGUGAAAGCUUAUGGCCGUGUUAUUCAUCAUAGCCCAAACUGGAUAUAACCCAAGUGUUGAUCAGCAGUGAGUGAACCAUGGUACAUCCACGCAGUGAAAUACUACUGAGCAGUGACAAGGAAUGUGCACGUGCCACAGCAUGAGUAAACCCCGAGUCCACAUGCUGAGUGAGGAAGCCAGCCACAAGAGACUAGCUUAUAGGAUGCCAUUUGUAUGAAAUUUCUAUGCAAGGCGAAGCCAGAAUGACAGAAAGCAUCAAUGACUGUCCAGGGGCAGGGGAUGGGAGUGAGGAUUCACUGCAGAUGGGAAUGAAGGAACUUUCACAGUGGUGGAAGGAUUCUAAACCUGCACUGUAGUGUGAAUUCACUGAAACACAUUGACUUGUACACUUAAAUUAGGUAAGUUUUAUGUCAUGUAAGUCUACCUCAAAGCUGUUUAAAAAAGAUAAACGUUAUAAAGGAAAAUGUAACAAGGAAGGUCAAUAUUAAAAAGGCACAGCUUGAAUGUUGGUUUAAGGAUUUUGUAUAUUUUCUCAUUAAAGCAAAUGUUUGAGUGUUUAUAUACAUCUGUAUUUUUCUGAGCUGAAAAGAAUGAAACAUCAGGAGCACUGACCCUCGAAGGUGCCCUUGAAGGAGGGAAGUCUAGAGUUGAAGGGGAGGCAUGGUAACUGUCUUCAGAUGCUGGAAGGGAGUAGAUGUGCUCAUUCUUUGGCGUGCUCAGAUGGAAUACCAGUAGCCAGAUGAAAUGUGAAAAGGCACACAUGGCCCAAGGAAGGAUGGCCUCAGUUACUGCUUUGUGUUUGCUCUGGGAUACCUCACAGUGUGCCAAGUUACUCGAGUCUAUAUCUUUGACUAUGGACAAUAUUCUGCUGAUUUUUCAGGCCCAAUGAUGAUCAUUACUCAGAAGAUCACUAGUUUGGCUUGCGAAAUUCAUGAUGGGAUGUUUCGGAAGGAUGAAGAACUGACUUCCUCACAGAGGGAUUUAGCUGUAAGGCGCAUGCCAAGCCUACUGGAGUAUUUGAGUUACAACUGUAACUUCAUGGGGAUCCUGGCAGGCCCACUUUGCUCUUACAAAGACUACAUUACUUUCAUUGAAGGCAGAUCUUACCAUAUGACACAAUCUGGUGAAAAUGGAAAAGAAGAGACACAGUAUGAAAGAACAGAGCCAUCUCCAAAUACUGCAGUUAUUCAGAAGCUCUUAAUUUGUGGGCUGUCCUUGUUAUUUCACUUGACCAUCUGUACAACAUUACCUGUGGAGUACAACAUCGAUGAGCAUUUUCAAGCUACAGCUUCAUGGCCAACAAAGAUUAUCUAUCUAUAUAUCUCUCUUUUGGCUGCCAGACCCAAAUACUAUUUUGCAUGGACGCUAGCUGAUGCCAUUAAUAAUGCUGCAGGCUUUGGUUUCAGAGGGUAUGACAAAAAUGGAGCAGCUCGCUGGGACUUAAUUUCCAAUUUGAGAAUUCAACAAAUAGAGAUGUCAACAAGUUUCAAGAUGUUUCUUGAUAAUUGGAAUAUUCAGACAGCUCUUUGGCUCAAAAGGGUGUGUUAUGAACGAACCUCCUUCAGUCCAACUAUCCAGACGUUCAUUCUCUCUGCCAUUUGGCACGGGGUAUACCCAGGAUAUUAUCUAACGUUUCUAACAGGGGUGUUAAUGACAUUAGCAGCACGAGCUAUGAGAAAUAACUUUAGACAUUAUUUCAUUGAACCUUCCCUACUGAAAUUAUUUUAUGAUGUUAUAACAUGGAUAGUAACUCAAGUAGCAAUAAGUUACACAGUUGUGCCAUUCGUACUUCUUUCUAUAAAACCGUCAUUCAUGUUUUAUAGCUCCUGGUAUUACUGCCUGCACAUUCUUGGUAUCUUAGUAUUAUUGUUGUUGCCGGUGAAAAAAACUCAAAGAAGAAAGAAUACACAUGAAAACAUUCAGCUCUCACAAUCCAAAAAGUUUGAUGAAGGAGAAAAUUCUUUGGGACAGAACAGUUUUUCUACAACAAACAAUGUUUGCAAUCAGAAUCAAGAAAUAGCCUCGAGACAUUCAUCACUAAAGCAGUGAUCGGCAAGGCUCCGAGGGCUGUUUUUUUUUUAUGUUAACAGAAACCAAUCUUAGCACCUUUUCAAGGGGUUUGAGUUUGUUGGAAAAGCGAUUGACUGGGGGGAAAUGGACAGUUAUAGAUAAGGAAUUUCCUGUACACCAGAUCGGAAAUGGAGUGCAACAAGCCCUCCCAUGCCAUAUCCCCGUGGGCCACGCCUUAUGUAAGAAUAUUUCCAUAUUUCAGUGGGUACUCCCAGCCUCAGCACUUGUCCUAGGGUCACACGCGUGCCCUGUUGCUGAAUGUACGUUGUGUAUCCCAAGGCACUGAAGAGGUGGAAAAAUAAUCGUGUCAAUCUGGAUGAUAGAAAUUAACUUUUCCAAAUGAAUGUCUUGCCUUAAACCCUCUUAUUUCCUAAAGUAUUGUUCCUAAAUGGUAUUUUCCAAGUGUAAUAUUGUGAGAACGCUAUUGCAGUAGUUGAUGUUGUGUGCUGUAAAGGAUUUUAGGAGGAAUUUGAAACAGGAUAUUUAAGAAUGUGGAUUUUUUAAAAUGCAAUAAACAUCUCAGUAUUUGAAGGGUUUUCUUAAAGUAUGUCAAAUGACUACAAUCCAUAGUGAAACUGUAAACAUUUAAUGGACACCAAAUUAUAGGUAGCUGAUUUUGCUGGAGAGUUUAAUUACCUUGUGCAGUCAAAGAGCACUUCCAGAAGGAAUUUCUUAAAACAUAAUGAAAGGUUUGGUAAUGUGAUAUUUUAAGCUUAUUCUUUUUCUUAAAAGAGAGAGGUGACUAAGGAAGGCAGGAAUGAAGCAGCACUGCCUGGCCUCCAGUGGAAUGCACAGGGUGGAGCCACAGCUCUGCAAGGCCGCUUCUCCCCCACGCCAGGGCUCCGCACCAUCAUGUGAGACUUAAAACAAAAAGUGGAAUGACUUUGUGAUCCUUUGGACUUCUAAACUGAAUUUAUCAGGCAUAAAUUAUGUAGAAUUAGAAAGAGGCUUUGAAAAUAAUAUUGGUAGGUUGCUCAAAGGUUUUGAAAGAGAAACCGCCAGGUAGGUUACUAUCUGGCUAAUCAAUUUCUUAUCCUUGACAAUUUAAUUCAUAUUUGGGAAACUUUUAGGGAAGUGAAAACUAAAAGUCUUUGAGUCUGGGUGACAUUUUUUGAGAAUAAUACAAAUUCAUUUUCAGACUCUUAUUACAAUUUUGCUGUGAUCUCUUACUAAAAUGAGUUUUAGGUUCUGUAAGUGGAAAAAUGUGCUUUUAUUUUAUGGGCCAUUUUUACCAUGAUUAAUCUUGCCUUGGAUUACUAGGUGUCUCCUGCAAUCCCACAGAGGACUGUGGUGGCCACAGGAGCUGAAAGCAGGAGGCGGGAUUUGACGCCAGGCAGUGCAGUGGCCUCAGCCCCAGAUGGUUCCUCGUGCCCUGUGGGAGGGGAGGGGGCAAAGCCUUCUGACCUCACCUUUAUUUGAUCUAUGUAUGGAGCUUACUUUUACUUUUUGCCUUACAUUUUUAAUUGAAAUGCAAAUUUUCUGUGAUGAGUUUCUCUCUCUGUUUUUUCGGGGGUGGGGUCACUAAUAAAUUUGCAAAUGAAGUUAAGGACAAGGCAACCAUCUGGCUUAUGCUAUAUAAUACUUCAUUUAAAGAAGAAAGGAAAAGUAAAUGCACUUGCAGCUUUUGA